CUACUUAAUCUUAACUUUUAUACAAAUUGCAGAAAAAGUGAAAACAAUAUAAAUGAAAUAUUUUUAAAAUAAAUAUUUACCGAGUAGAACUGAGUUAAAAGUUAUAUUUAAGCUGGAGCACCGAUGCAAUGAUGCAGAAAGGAAAAAAAUUACGUGUAUCUCAAACAGACAAAACCAAUGCAAUACAUAAGUUGCCCGCUCGAGAGCAAACCCGCGGUGGCAAGCAUCACAUUAGCAACAAACCUACGAAAACGCCGGCGGGGGAAAAAUGUUUGCCUCAACGGAAGAAAAAGCGUCAAAUGAACGUUGAGGAGGACGAUCUUGAAGAACAGCAACCAGUAAUUACUAAAUCAUGCAUAAUCUGCGGAAGCAGUGAAGAAAUAGUAGAUUUAUCCACGAAUCCAAUUAUGAAGAAAACUAUGGCCUCCUACCUCGAAGACGGUUCUGUGGAUCUGGAUGAUUGCUUGUCUUCUCUUUGUAUAACUUGCGUAUUUAAAUCUAGAGCUGUUAGAGAAGUCCAAAAUAAUAUUAAAGUGCGCUUGCAAAGUAUAAGUAAUAGCCAAACCACAAAAAUGUCAAACACUCGCAUGGAAAAUAGAGUUAAUUCUGAAAUUCUCAUAUCUACAGAAAAACAGAAAAUUAAACAUUUCCAAACGCGCUCCAACACCAUUUGUGACCUUCCCCAAUCGACAUCAAAAUCAAAUAGGAGAGUGGGAAGAAAUAAAAUAAGUUCUCAUCCACCUCCGGAAUUCAGUGUUAUAGAAUCAUCGGAACUAAAUAUUUCUCAAUCUUUUGAAAAGAUUACUUAUAAAACACACAGUAAAUGCCUUGGUGUUAAUCAUCUGCUAGAUAAUUCUAUUGAAGAAACGGAUAACAAAAAUACAGUAUAUCUCGCAAAUUAUAGGCUGGCUGAGAUUUCGGAAAUACCUUCGAUGGAAUAUAUAGCAGAAAGCAAUACUGAUUAUAAUCAUGUUGUGGAUAAAUCAAUGUUGUCUGCAGAAAGAAUGGAAUUAUUAGAAUUACCUAAUAUACUGGAAAUUCCAUCAUCGUGCUCCAAUUCAACUUAUUCUCAAGCCGGAAUAAAUCAUUCAAUGUUACAAGUUAUACGUGAACGGUCUGAAUCAGUUUUAAUAACCGAAUCCGGUGGUAAAAUAAACAACUACAAACGUGAUAUGCGUCAAAAUACCCUAAGGCAAUGUCGGUACUGCGCUAAUACUUUUUCUCGGAAAGAUCACUAUAAUAAACACGUACGACGGUGUCGCAAUAUAACAGCUCGUAGUUUGCCAUCAGCUACCGCCAAUAAUAUGGUUUGUAGUGAUUCUUCUAAUGCCAAAAGAAAUCGUAUAAAUCUUCUGAGCAAAAGUGUAACUCCUAUUACAUUGGAACCGCCAAAGCGCACACGACAAUUUCACUGUACCGAAUGCCAGGCAACGAUGGACAGCAUAUCAAAACUGAAAAUACAUCGAGCAACUCAUUUACGCGAAUACCAAUGUGAUAUGUGCAACAAAAAGUUUAACACCUUGCAUGAACAUGAUUUCCAUCGCAUAGUUUGUUUAGCGAAACAAGAGGUGUGGCAAGAGCAAGAUUUUGAUAAAGAACAUGUAGAGCUGAAUGAUUGCGAUAAAUCAAUGGUUAGAUCGCAGCGAUCAACCGCUAAGACAAUAACUAGUCGCCGAGUGACACGUGCUCAAAGCCGAGCCAGAACCGACGUAAAUACGAAAAACCCCAUUACAAGUCGUAGAUCCACGGCGUUAACUAGUGUCUCACGGUAUAUAAAUCACAACGCUGACUGUGAAGAGAGCGAUAAUGACACCUGUUACACGAACAAAGACUAUGAAGAUGAUAUUUCUGUAGCUGAUUCAAUGGAUUUGGGACGCAGAGUAUAUACUGAUAAUUGGCUAGAAAGCCGACAUUAUAGCGAAGUUCGUGAUCAACCUAUGAUAGAGAUAAAUAGUAAAAAGGAAUAUGAUCUUUAUUUAUUGGAAAAGCUAAAAUCUCAAAUUAGAGCACAAGAAUUUGCUUGUUUAGCAGAGAAUUGCGGCUUUUUUACUGAUACAUUAUUGAACUUAAUGUUGCACGACUAUGUUCACCAUUUUAAGAGCUCAUGGUUUUACUGUCCCAAAUGUGGCAGUGUGUUUACAAGCAAAGUUUUCUUGGACUAUCAUUUAGAUCGUCAAAAUGGAGGCAGAUUUAUUUGUUACAAAUGCAACGAACAAUUUAUGUUUCAACAUCAACUAGAUAUGCAUCUAAUUUCACACGAGAAACAGUUAAAUCAUACUUGUGACAAAUGCAAAUGUGAAUUUCUUACUGAAGAAAAGCUAUUUCAACACAUGAAGCUUGAGCAUAACAAUGAGUCAGAAAAAAACAUAAUAUGUAUUCAAAGUAAAGCAACUUUUGCAUCUGCUCGAACAGCUGAUGAGGAUAAGUAUAUUAAUGGGAAACCACAUAGGAAAUACACUGUUAGAAUACUCGAUAUGCAGUUGCCAUAUGUGCCAUCAAAGAGGCCGCUGGAAUUGCCUGGCCAUAAGCCCUACCGUCGUCGAAUUGGUAUCAUUGAAUUUGAAAAUGAUAGAAAUCCAAAUUGUUGCAGCUGUAAAUAAUGACCAUUUAGUUUUGUUUAUUAAUGCCUAAGGUUAAUAGAAAUUUGAUGAAGACACUUUGAAAGUUAAUGUAGGUUAUGUUUCUUUAAUUAAACUUUUAAUUUAAAAUAUGUUUUUUUUUAAAACUUCGAAGGGAAUUCUUUGCCGAGAGGUGAUUAAAGUUAUAUGUUUAAUGUUUUGAAAUCUAUUUACUCUUUAAAAAAGACGAAUAGGAGCCUCAAUUUUGUCUUAUAAAAUUUUAUUAAUCUUGAUGUUAAUUGAACUAACAGAUUUGAUAUAGGAGUAUAUAAAAAAUAUUUUCAAACUCCACUUAUUCACUGUGCGCUUUAAAAUGUUUUACAAUUAUAAUUAAUAUAAUUAUAUGUUGAUAUGCUGAUGUUGUUUAUGCUUAUGUACCAUAUUUAUUUAAGUUAGUAGGAUACCACAUUAUUUUUUUCAAACAAUGUUACAACUCAAAUUGGGAAUCACAGCUCUAAAUACUCAAGUAUCGAGCAGUGCUCAGCUUCCCCAAUAGUUUUUUGAAUUUUUCAAGCUAUUGUUUUGUUUCUAAGAAUUUUUAUAUAAUUAUACGGACAACGAGUGUCGAAGAGAAGUAUAACUACUCGUUUCUCAAAUCUUUGAACUGUUUAACAAUGUUCGAAUAGUUUUGAGCCCUAUUUUAAAUAUAUAUUAUUUAAAAUUAUAUAAAUAUUGUUAAAUGUUGUGUUGUACAAGCAUA